GAGUUUGUGCUGCUUCUCGGUGAUUUCAGCGCAGACUUCACUCAGAGUGAGAAACUUCACUCCACGAGAAACAAAGAAGUUUAGCACCACCGACGACGCCGCUGGCUUUAAACGCGAACAGCAGGCAGACACUUGGUGCGUUAAGGUGUACCUGUUCUUGACAGCGGUGUGGUGAGAUGGCCAUCGCCCACGUGGCUACAGAGUACGUGUUCAGUGAUUUCCUGCUGAAGGAACCAAACCAGGCUCGGUAUCGCAGUGUCCGGACAGAGCUGGCUGUGGACAAGCUGGUGACCUGUGUGGCAGUGGGUCUUCCUCUGCUUCUCAUCUCUCUGGCUUUUGCUCAAGAAGUUUCAGUUGGUACUCAGAUCAGCUGUUUUGCCCCCACUAACUUUUCAUGGAGGCAGGCUUCAUAUGUUGACUCUUACUGCUGGGCUGCUGUGCACACUCACACACUACCUCUGUGGCUACACAAGUUCUUCCCUUAUAUCCUGCUGUUGGUGGCCAUACUCAUGUACGCCCCGGCCUUAUUUUGGAGGUUUUCUGUGGCGCCGCUCUUGCAGUCAGACCUUGGCUUCAUCAUGGAAGAGCUAGACCGGUGUUACAACCGUGCGGUCACUCUGGCCAAACGCAUGGCCAUGUCAGGCCUGCUCACUCCAGACAGUGACCCCACAGAGGGCUGUUUCAAUUACCCGCUGAUGGAGAACUUCCUGGCAACCAAACGUUGUUCUCGUGUGCUGCUGCUUUACUACCUGUUGUGUCGUGGCCUGACUCUGAUCACGUUGCUGUGUGCCUGCAUCUACCUGGGCUACUACCUCCGCUUGGCCUCCGUCACUGACGAGUUUGGAUGCAAACUGCGUGUUGGCCUGCUCACUUCUGACCCCACAGUCCCUGAGAAAGUGCAGUGUAAACUCAUCGCUGUCGGCAUCUUCUCUUUGCUCAGCCUUGUCAACUUGGUCAUCUUCACUGGACUUAUUCCUGUGGUGAUCUAUUCCAGUCUCCGCCCACUCUUGUGCCAUGGAUAUGCCCAUUUCCUGGAAACCUACCAGUCACUACCCACCGUGAGCAUUCUCCCAACUCCCGGUGGCCAAAGGGACGACCUUACUCUGUAUCUGCUCUUCCUUGAGGAGAAUAUCAGUGAACUGAAGUCCUACAAAUACAUCAAGGUGCUGGAGUUACUGCGAAAACAAGGUGAAUGUGGUGGAGAAAAUUUUGAUGCUAUGGGUCUGCUGCAGACUCUUUGUGUGGUUAAGAUGGACACUGUAGAUGGAAAAAAAGUGCCUCAACCUGCAGAAAAGGAGGAUCAAGGCAAAAACAAUGCUGCACUUGAUUCUCCCGAUGGACUCGCUCUGUCUGACAGUAGAACAAGCAGCAACUCCAAAAGUCCAAACACCAGGAUGGAAACAGAAAUGAAAGAGCUCACUCCCAUGCUGCCAGGAAACACUGAAAUGUCAGGCGACAACCAGGCGAGUGCAGCAAAAGCCCUCUCAGACAACGAGCUGUGUGAUUGGCUGCAAGAGAGGAAAUGAGGCGGGGCCUACAAGACCACACCUGAAAAUUUAAGCUAACUGCUGGUGCCGUGACCACUUUGUGUUUAAAUUACCCACACUAAUCAAUGGGAACGUCCAAGUGACACCACGUCUCAGUACAGGUUUAAGAACUGAAUCAAAACAGACCAAUUUGACUCUUCUGCUUCACUGGCUGUGGAAUGAUGAUGUCACACUGACCACACCCACAGCCAACCUCUUUGGGUCCUUUUUUAAUUCCUCUGAAUCUCGUGUUGUGAGGAUUUUACAGCGAUAAAUGUAUGUUUACAUUUUGGUCUUCUGUGCAUUACAUUGUCUUUUUAAUGUUAUUUAACAUUGUGUAUCUGAUGAAAGCUGAGAUCCGUGCACAGUAAGACUUUUUGUCCUGUUAAACCGGUGCAGUAAUAAUUUAGUGUGCAGUAGAAAUCCCCGUACCAGCAGAACAGUGGCGGCUGCUGGUCUUUCUAAGAAGGGAAGCUGAUUGGUGGCUUAUAUGAUAAAAUUUGUCAAUUUAUUUAUACAUGAAUUCUGCCCUGGUCUGUGACCCUGUCAAACCAAGUAGGCGUCAUUUCCAGGACUUGACCAGUGUCCUCUCAAUGGCACAUGGAUUCAUGUUUAUUCCUCUUUUCAUGCCUUUUAUAUGCCCGGUCAAAGCUGGACAGAUCCCCAAAACCCAGUUCACCAGACCAGACAUCCCUGAGAUGGUUUCAUCAAGAGGUCAAACAGUACAUUUUCUUUAUCACAGCACUUCCAGUCAGCCAAUUAACUUUGUCAUACCAGGAGAGCGGAAUCGACCUGUUAUUGUUCCCUACUUGUUGCACCAAAUCAGUCUCAGGUGUUGAUCUGUCCUGCUGUUUAAUUCUAAGUUUCUUUUUGUAAGGAAAACUAUCAAAUGGCUUUGACAAAAUCAGGUCAACAGUAUUAGCAUCGUCUGCCAUCGCGUGUGCACCUUGUUAGCUGCCUAGUCUACUCCGAGUGAACCAGCGUCAUGAAUGAUUGAUUGAACAAACUAAUGAAACAACAUUAAACUUGAAAAAAGAAAUGUUGAGAUUCUUGUAUCAGAUGAGUGGGUUGUUAUAACAAUAACUCAGAUUGAGAGAUAAACUGCUCUUGUGCCUCCAAACACCGCAUGACACCUAGACCACGCCCUUUAGUAUUAAAGGGUAAGUGACACAAAAAAAUGUGCGCAAUCACUAAAAAUUAUGAAAUGUUUAUAUUUUAAAAAAUCCUUAAUAAAAGUCAAUAACUGCGCAGGUGAAAGAUAAACUACAACUGUCUGAAGCCUACGCUCUAUUUCAGCCCCGUUAAGCCCUCAGCUUUGGCCAUAUUGUUGCUACGUCAUCACCAGAACAGCACCUGCUGAUUCAAGCCCAAAUAACUAAACACAGCAGAGGUCGAGUUGUUUUCGGACAUUUUUUUUUCUUGUGUGGAGCUUUGUUUUUUGUUUUGUUUUGUUUUUAAGUCCAGUCUGAGGUGUUUUUGAAGCAGCUGUGGGGGACACAGCAUUUAUGGUUUUGAGUCUUAUUUAGAUGGCAUUAAACUUCUGAGGAAAACCUUCAGUCUGACAACAGUGACGAUACUGGCAGAGUUCAGAACUCAGAAUGGUGAUUAUAAAAACAUUUUAAUAAGGCGAUUUCGGGACGAGUGGAGGUGAUAAACU